CAAUGGAACUGUCGUGGUUUCCGCAACAACGUCUCUGACAUUAAACACUUGACAUCAUCUACACUAUCUCUCUGUGUGGCACUCCAGGAAACCCAUCUAAAACCUGGAGAGAGAAUUACUUUAAAAGGAUUUGAUCUCUACUGCAAGGAUGAUGAUAACCACAAUCGUGCCAGUGGAGGUGUGGCUGUACUGGUCUCAAACCGCAUUCCAUCCUUACCGGUACAAAUAACCACUGAUUUGCAAGCUGUGGCAGUCAGAAUUUCUAUUGGAGUAACUGUCACAGUUUGUUCUAUAUAUUUGCCACCAGAUGUCAGAGUCAAUGAGGAUGAAUUAGAUGUCUUGGUUGAACAGCUGCCAACACCAUUCCUUUUACUUGGUGAUUUUAAUGGCCACAAUCCUAUGUGGGGUAGUCCCGACAUUAAUCGUCGUGGCAGAGCCAUUGAGAGAUUUAUAGGCAACCACCAACUGUAUCUAUUUAACACUGGAGAAAAACUUUUCGAAUCAACUAUUGGGCAUGUCAAAAAAAUCCAAAAAUUGAGGUCGGGAGAUCUACUUGUAGAAACCACCUCCCCUCAACAGUCAGGAAAACUUUUGAAUAUGAAGUCUCUAGGAGACAUACAAGUCACUAUCACGCCACACACAAGUUUGAACUCAUCACGUGGUGUGAUAUCUGAAAUCGAUCUGAUGUCUGAGGAUGAAUCAGAUAUUCAGAUCGGCCUUUCAGACCAAGGAGUUACUGCUGUGCGACGCAUCUCCAUUCGUCGAGAUGGCAAGAUAAUUCCUACAAAACAUUUAAUCAUCACAUUUAACAAACCAACAAUACCAUCUUUUCUUACCGCAGGAUAUUUGCGCUGCUCGGUUCGCCCAUAUAUUCCAAAUCCGCUGCGUUCUUUCAAAUGCCAGCGAUUUGGACAUUCCCAAACAUCCUGUCGAGGCAAAAGUUUAUGUGGACAGUGUGGAGUUGAAGGUCACCAGAGUACUGAGUGUACCAGCACUGCAUGCUGUGUAAACUGCAAAGAUGCCCAUUUUGCCUACUCACGAAAAUGCACUGUAUGGCAGAAAGAGAAAGAAAUUCAGCGAUUGAAGACUGUUAAUAACAUAUCUUACCCGGAGGCACGUCGCAUGGUCACUUUAAGUGCACCAGUGAAACAGAAGACAUUUGCUGCUGUUCUGAAAUGCACAAAGACAUGUGGAGUUCAGACAGACAUUUCUGUUUCACCAAAUGAAUCUCUGACUCGCCAUGAAAAAUGUCUGCUGAUACCAUCUACCAAAGAAAAAGAACAAAACAAGACUAAACCAAUCAUACCUAAAACAGGGGUAACAACUAGGAAUGUGGUUUCCAAAAAAGCCAGUAAGAACCCUCUUAAUAAACAACGAAUGAAAGCAGCCCUCUCUAAAUCCAAAAAAUCGGAGACUCAGUCUAUGAUUGAAGUUGUCACUUGCAGUAUUAUUCAGGCAGCUGAUAAAACAAUGGGAAAAACAUCAACAAGAUAUCCAAAACAUCCAAAACCAUGGUGGGAUCAGAAUUGCGAGGCAGCAUUUAAAGCACAAAAGAAAGCAUGGGGAAUUUUUAGAAGAUACCCCACUACUUACAAUUUGAUUGUUUUUCAAAAAGCUAAGGCAAAUGCUAGAAGAAUUAGAAGGCAAAGCCAAAGGGAUUCUUGGAGGAAGUAUGUUUCUAGCAUAACAUCUUCCACCAGCUCAAAAGCAGUCUGGGAUAAAAUCCAUAAAAUAACUGGGAAAUAUGCUUCUCACUCUCUGUCCAUGCUAGAAAAUAAUGGCACAAUAAUCAGUGAUAUACAGGGUAUUGCUGAUACGUUGGGUGAAACAUUUUUGUCUUUGUCCAGCAAUAUUAUGUAUCCAAGAAAUUUUCAGGCUUACAAAGCCCAAAGUGAAAAACAUUAUUUAAAUUUCAAUUCAUCAUUUAAUGAGGAAUAUAAUGUUCCAUUCACUAGAAUUGAAUUACACACGGCGAUCUCUCGCUUGGGGAAUAGUGCUGUAGGCCCGGAUAAAAUCCACUACAGCAUGAUUAAAAAUUUGUCAAACAAUUCCCUUUCUAAUCUCUUGCAUCUGUUUAACAGAAUAUGGACAGAACAUACUUUUCCUGACUCCUGGAGGCUAUCUAUCAUUAUCCCCAUUCCCAAGCCUGGUAAAGACCACAAGAAUCCCUCUAAUUACAGACCAAUCUCUCUGACAAGUUGCUUGUGUAAACUCUUUGAGAGGAUGGUAAACAGACGCCUGAUGUUCCUCCUAGAGGAAAAGAACUAUAUUUCUCUACAUCAGAGUGGUUUUCGUAGGAACAGAAGUACCACUGAUAAUUUAGUAAACCUUGAAACAUCUAUACGCGAAGCGUUUGUUAGGCGACAGCACUUAGUGUCUGUUUUCUUUGACAUAGAGAAGGCCUAUGAUCGCUGUUGGCGAUACGGAAUACUCCGUGAUCUGUACGAAUUCGGGUUGCGGGGUAAUUUGCCAAUUUUUAUAAAAAACUUCCUACAGAAUCGAAGAUUCCAAGUCAGGAUGGGCAACACACUAUCUAGGCUCUUCACACAAGAAGAAGGUGUACCUCAAGGCUGUAUUUUAAGUGUGACUCUUUUCCUAAUUAAAAUUAACAGCAUAGCUAAGUGUCUUCCUUUUAGUGUAAAACACUCUCUGUACGUGGAUGAUUUUCAGAUCUCCUGCCAGUCUAGUAACAUGAGUUUCAUUGAGAGACAACUGCAAACCUCUUUAAAUCGCAUAGAAAAUUGGUCCAAGACCAAUGGUUUUACUUUUAAUACAGAGAAGACCUCGUGCAUCCACUUUUGCCGAAAGCGUGGUUUGCACCUGGAUCCAGAAAUUUUUCUAAAUGGGGAUAAAAUCCCAAUGGUGAACGAGACUAAGUAUUUGGGUGAUUGUUUUGACCAAAAACUGACAUUCUUGCCACACUUGCGCAACCUGAAGAGUAGAUGUUUAAAAUCUUUUAACCUUUUAAAGGUAUUAUGCUGCUCAUCCUGGGGAGCAGACAAAGUUUCAAUGCUCAGGAUUUAUAGGGCCCUUGUUUGCUCUAAGCUGGACUACGGAUGCAUUGUUUAUGGCUCUGCGCGAGAAUCUACUCUUCGGAUGCUGGAUCCAAUCCAUCAUCAAGCACUGCGUUUUUGCACUGGUGCAUUCCGAACUUUCCCUGUCUAAAGUUUGUACGUAGAUGCUUAUGAGGCUCUACUGUCUCUCAGGAGAGAACAGUUGUUUUUUUUUUAUUAUUUAAAACAGAAAUCUCAUACUAAACCUUCAGUUGAUUGUACAGUAUCAAAUACUUAUCUGAAAAGACUAUUUGAAGCUCGCCGAAGUAGUGUCCCUACAUUUGAACUAAGAAUGGAGAAUGUAAGCAGCACGAUUGACCUGGACACAAGUAAUAUCUCACAGGUUGAGGUUAAUAGUAUUUCACCUUGGUCAAUUAUACCGAUUGAUGUUGACCUUAGGUUAAAGCAGUUUCCUAAAGAAACCACGCCAGAUUACGUCUAUAGACAGCACUUUGCAGAAACUCAACAUCGAUAUCUUUGUUGCCCAGUUCGCCUGUACAUUCCAAAUCCGCUGCGCUGCUUUAAAUGUCAGCGGUUUGGACACUCCCAAACAUCGUGCAGAGGAAAUAAAGCAUGCGCACAGUGUGGUAAUGAAGACCACGAGAGUACUGAAUGCACAAGUUCUCCAUGCUGUGUAAACUGCAAAGUUUCCCACCCUGCCUAUUCUCGAAAAUGCACCUCAUGGCAGAGAGAGAGAGAAAUUCAGCAAUUGAAGAUUGUCAAUAAUAUACCUUACCCGGAAGCACGACGCAUAAUCACUUUAAAUGCACCAGUGAAACAGAAGACAUUUGCUGCUGUUCUGAAAUCCACAAAGACAUGUGGAGUUCAAACAGACAUCUCUGUUUUACCAAAUGAAUGUCUGACUUGCCAUGAAAAAUGUCUGCUGAUACCAUCUACCCAAACAGCAGAAAAGGAGAGCAAGAAGACCAAAACACCCCUGCCUAAAACAGGGAUAACAACAAGAAACGUGGGUUCUAAAAAAGCCAGUAAGAACCCAAUAAACAAACAGAAAGUGAAAGUAACUCUCUCUAAACCUAAAAAAUCAGAGGCUCAGUCUAUGAGUGAGUUCUCUGACUUCGCUGAUGAAGAGAAUAAUAAGAAGCUGACACCACCAACAUCAUCUCUAAAAGAAAAACUUCCUGUGAAAUUAGAGGGAUAA